AUCGGUGUGCCUCCAGCAGGUCCUCUCAAAUCCACCUGCUGAGGAUCUGAGGUUAGGGAGAGGACCGCUAGUCUUCCACUUGCCCGUCGAGAGAGCAAUUAAGGAGAUGCCCGCAUGGAGUGAGUCUGCAGCAGGGUCAGGUGCACUUCUAGGAGGGCGCCCAGACUCGAGAGCGACCAGCCCAUGUUCCUCUGGAGGUGAGACACUGCAUGGUGGUCCAGGGUUCUCCCUGAUCAUGGCAGGGGUCGGCAUGCAGGGAAUGUUCAAAUGAAGUUACAGCCAAUGGCAGAGCAGGCAGGUUUCUGCUGGAUACAAGAGCCUUAGUACUGAAGUGGUACACUGAGAGACACGGAGAGAGGGAACAGUGACAGCAAGUCAGAGGGAGGGAGAGAGAAAGAGAGAGAGUGUGAGAGAGAGAGAGAGAGAGAAAGAUAGAUAGAACACAGCAGAGCUUGGCUACUGUGGAUGGCUUGGAUCGUAUUAGACAUUGUCUUUGUCUUUUUAAACUUAUCAUUUACAGUAACACUAACACAGAUAUGUAGAGUGUUCUGUCUGAAUAGCCUCAGCUAUGAUUCUCACCUGGCUGCCCACCUGAAUGGAAAAAGCGGGAAAACUGCAAGAUGAAAAUCUCAGCCUACAUAUCUCAGGCAAGGUGAGAGAAGGUUAUUCACUGCAUAUACCUGACGGCCAAUUGAAGAUGAUCUGAGCAGAAGACAGUACAAAUGAUUCAAAGGACAGAAAAGUAAAUUAUACGAAAAAUCACAAUUUUUAUGAAAGUCAGUAAAUUAAUGCAGAGAAUGAAUGUUAUUUUUCAUGUUUUCCCAUAAGAAAGAAUUUUUCAGAGCAUACCGACUUGAUAAAAGACUUCUCUGACAUUGUCAGGAAAGGUCCUCUUCCAUGGUUGCAUCUCAGGGGUUCUGUCGGUAAACAUAUUGACAGUGCUAACUAUGACCCAGGAUAACAUUGGAGGUUACUUUGCAUUUAUACAAGAACAACCCCAGCAGAAGCAGUAAUGUCAAAAGAUAAUGAAACACAAAUAGUGCUUGAUCCCACGGGGCUGCUGAACUUGUCUUCAGAUGAGAGUGUCAGUCAAGAGCAUGAUGUCAGCAAGAUCAUUAUCCCAUCGAUAUAUGCUUUGGUGUUCUGUCUGGGGGUCACGGGCAAUGCUAUGGUCAUUUAUGUAAUCCUGAGGUAUGCUAAGAUGAAGACGGCGACUAACAUCUACAUCCUGAACCUGGCCAUCGCUGACGAGCUCUUCAUGCUGAGCGUGCCCUUCCUGGCCACCUCUGCAGCCGUGCACCGCUGGCCUUUUGGCUCACUGAUGUGCCGCCUGGUCCUCAGUGUAGACGGCAUCAACAUGUUCACCAGCGUCUUCUGCUUGACCGUGCUGAGUGUGGAUCGUUACAUUGCCGUGGUGCACCCCAUCAAGGCGGCCCGCUACCGCCGGCCCACAGUGGCCAAGGCCAUCAAUGUGUGUGUGUGGGGCCUCUCACUGGUGGUCAUCCUGCCCAUCAUAGUCUUUGCUGACACUGUUCCCUCACAAGAUGGUGGCGUUGACUGCAAUUUUCUAUGGCCGGCUUCCUCCUGGUCGGGAGCUUUUGUGAUCUAUACCUUCCUAUUGGGGUUCCUUCUACCAGUGACAGCCAUCUGUCUCUGCUACUGCCUCAUGGUGUCACGUAUGAGGGCAGUCGGCCUAAAGGCUGGUUGGCUACAACGGCGUCGCUCGGAGAAGAAGAUCACGCGCAUGGUGCUCCUGGUGGUGGCUGUGUUCAUGGUCUGUUGGAUGCCGUUCUAUGUGGUGCAACUGAUCACUGUAUUCUGCCAGCCGCCUGACCCUAUGGUGACGCAGCUCCUUGUCAUUCUCAGCUAUGCCAAUAGUGGUGCCAAUCCGAUCUUGUACGGCUUUGUCUCUGACAACUUUCGCCGUUCCUUCCAGCGAAUUGUGUGCUUUCGCUGGCUGGGCAAUGGGCUUGACGGAGAGCAGGUGGACUACUGUGCCGUCAGCGUCAAGAGACAAGUCACCUGUGACGUACAGGACGUUCGGAAAGACUGCUUGGUUUCUGACAUGCCCUAUCACAACGGCACCUGCACUUCUCGUACUACUGCUUUGUGAAGCUGAUUGCAGCUGGGAUGUUCACUAAGAGUAAAGAAGCACCUACUAUUUUCAGGAAAAGCACAGAGACAAUACAUCCAUUCUUCUAUUCAGAGUCUCCUGUAGACAGUGGAUUAAUGAAACAUCUUUAGAAGGUUUUCAGAUUAUUUUAGCUGUCUGUAAUAGUGCUUAGUAUUUUGUAGACAUUCCAAGCAUAUCAGUAUGAAUGAAGUAAGAGUUAGUAUGUAUUUGUAUAGCAGAUGCUUAUAUCCAAAGUGAUGUACAGUUGGUCAGCCAUGUGCCUGGAGCAGUUGAGGUUUAGUGCCGUCCUCAAGGGCCCAGAAGAAAACUCACUCCACUGACCAUGAGAUUUUAAACAAUUACCUUCUAAGUCAUAAUACACUGAGUCACACACUUCCCAGGAGCUUAACCUGUAUUAAGGUAUUUCUUUUAAUUUGCCAACAAAAUUUGUUAAAGUGACAAUAUUAUUAUAUUACAAAAGUUCAAUUUGUUUAUGUGUUUGUGAAUAAUGCUGCUACUUGUACAUGUUAUUACAUCUCAGAUUUAGGGAAUUGUUUAGUUAUGAGUCUCCUGCUUCUGUUCCAAAGCUACUAAAGAGUUAUUAAACUGGUGUGCUAAGUGCGACACUUUGAAAAUGAACAACCAAAAAUGUAUGUUUUUAUCUAUUGAUGAAUGUAACCCAUCAAUUGAUGUCUUGCAUAAGUAAAUCUCUCUUCUUAAAAUGAUUUCCUAACUCAUCCAGAAUACAUAAGUACAGCUCAGCUGCCACAUUGAUGCAAUUGCCUUGUAAAUAUAAGAAAUGAAAUUGGAGCAUCUGUGGACCUACAGUAUAGUCUUAAGCUAGGACCUGUGAUCUCUUACAAGUUAGUGGGCGAUAACUUUGUAGCCAUUAGAAAAGAAUGCCAUGCAUGAAGUUUUUCUUUGUAGACACAAAGAAAAAAAUAAAUACUGUAGAAAUUAAAUAAAGUGUUUUCUUGUGA